CGCGGAGAACGCUAUCUUGUGUUUAUAAGAUCUUUGUUGAAAACAAACGUGGGUUUUUCCCAUUUUUUCCAGACACAGUACGGUACUAGGCCUAUGUACUUGUUUUGUCGUUGAGCGUGCAAGAAUUCUUUUUAGAAGUCAUGAUUACUGAUGCUGAAAAGACGGAAUUAAGACACUUGCUUAAUUUUUUAUCUACUGAUGAAAUAGUGUCACUUAAAGACACCGUUACAAAUAAACUUUUGGAAACAACGUCAAAGGAAGAGGGUAUUGAAGCUAUACUUGCUCACAGUGUGAGUGCAUUUGAGUUGCUCUACCGUAAGAAAUUAAAUCGAGGAUGUAUUUUCCAGUACCUAGCAAACAAGAAGGUGGAUGUAUCUGUAAGUACUAGCAAGCAGGACCUAGCAGGGAUGGUGCUUUAUAUUCUACAAGGUGUUGAUUAUUUAAAUGACAGAAACCCCUGCAGUAAUGAAGCUAUCAAGACAAAAGGUGCUGUAAUGGAAUCGCCAUCCAAAAAAAAAAAAGAAAAACAAGGCCAAAAUGAAGCAUCCAAAGUUAAAAGAAAAUUACCAGAUUCAUCAAAUAAAGAAAAACAAGGCCAAAAUGAAGCAUCCAAAGUUAGAAAAAAAUUACCAGAUUCAUCAAAUAAAGAAAAACAAGGCCAAAAUGAAGCAUCCAAAGUUAAAAGAAAAUUACCAGAUUCAUCAAAUAAAGAAAAACCCAGCCAAGAAAAAGCAUCCAAAGUUAAAAGAAAACUGCCAGACUCAUCAAAUGAAGGAAACCGCUGCAGUAAUGAAGCUACCAAGACUCAAGAUGCUGUAAUGGAAUCGCCAUCCAAAAAAAAAAAAGAAAAACAAGGCCAAAAUGAAGCAUCCAAAGUUAAAAGAAAAUUACCAGACUCAUCAAAUAAAGAAAAACAAGGUCAAAAUGAAGCAUACAAAGUUAAAAGAAAAUUACCGGAUUCAUCAAAUAAAGAAAAACAAGGCCAAAAUGAAGCAUCCAAAGUUAAAAGAAAAUUACCAGAUUCAUCAAAUAAAGAAAAACAAGGCAAAAAUGAGGCAGCCAAAGUUAAAGGAAAAGUGUCAGACUCAUCAAAUGAAGGAAACCGCAACGAUAAUGAAGCUACCAAGACUCAAGUUACUGUAACAGAAUUACCAACCUUUCAACAACAAGUAUUGGCUGUGCAGUUUUCUAAAUGGUUUUAUGCCCUGCUGAAUUCAUACAACCCCUGUCAGGCAAAAUCUCCAUUGGAGAGUUGGGGUCCUCAUCAUUUCUGGAGUGAUUGUCAACUUGUUAUCAAUAUUUGCUUGAUAGAUGAAGAUAGGAAAGAGACAUUUGAAGGAGCAGAUGUUGUUUCUGAGCGAUUAUUAAGCAUGGCCAAAGAUGAAUUAUUGUUGUUUAAUCCAAAUUUAGGUGAGUUUGGGACAAAAGGCAAAAUGAAUAAGCAUGGAGUGACGAUGGUGCUUGUGUGUGGUACUCUACAUAGGAAAUCUGAAUGUCUUGGAACAUUUGAGCAGUGCUUCGCUCUUAUUAGUGAUCCUACAUUUCAAAAUAAUUGGAAAGUAAAGUUUACUAAUUUAAGUAUCAUGCGAAAAGAUGUAAAAAGUACCCCAAGACUUAAGGAUGCAUCUCUGCUGGCUCUGACAGCUGAGUGACAUUAAAUCUUUUAGAAAAUACAUUAUUGUAUAUAAUUCUUCAGGUUCGUUUGAGCUGAGUGCUUGUCUAAUUGGUAUGGUUCCUGCCUGUU